GUGUUGGCUGUCCUCGUUCUUCUACACAAAUCUGUAGUACACAUGUAGGAGUUUCUCUAGGUCUGAAUAAUUUUACUGUACAUUUCAUGAGUAUAAGUCACACUGUAAUUAAAAGCCAGGGUGCAUACUUUUGACAAAGAAAUAGAAAAUGAAUAAUAAUUUUAUUGAGUAAUGCCCAGGAUCAUUUAAAUUUGUAACAUAUUAAAAUGUUACUGUACUAAGGCUGGGGAGCUGGUUCACUGGGUAAAUCACUUAUCACAUAGAUGUAAGGACCAGAAUUGAGAGUCUUGCUCCCAGGUAAACACUGGAGGGAGGAUCCUGUGGUCCACCUAUAUUUCCAGCACCGGAAGACAGAGUCAUGAUCCUCAGAGCAAGCUGGCUCGCUAGACUAGCUGUACUGGCAAUCUGGGUUUAAGUGACAGACACCGCCUGCCUCAGCGUGUAUGGUGGAGAGCAGUUAAGGAAGACAUCCCACAUCGACCUCUGGCCUUCAUGCACACACGUGUGUACACCACACCCAAGAAUGCACAAUAAGUGACCAAACUAGAACAGCAAAUUUAAUCUUAGUUUAAUUUAAACGCAGAUUGUUGAUAUACUUUUCAUUAACUGGUGGCUUUAUUUUUAGAAAGUGCCAUAACAUUUUGUCUUGCUAGUUUUUUUCUUUUUGUUUUUCAGCAACAAUCAACCUAACCAAAGCAGUUACAGUCUUUUCUUGAAAAUCUCUAAUUCUUGUGUUCCUGUUACAACCCUGAUUUGAAUCAUCUCACUUUAACACUUCUCAGCUUUGGCUUCAGCAACAGCAUCUGCUAAGUAUAUUUAGUCGCAGUUUAUAGAACUGAAGGCAGAAAUGUCAUUUUGGAGUGCUUAAGGGAACAUUGAGAUGAGGACAUAGUUGUUACCUUAAGGUUUAUGGAUUCUGCCUUUGAGUAGAAAUGCACUUAAAAAUCUUAAGAAUUUAUGUUCUUUGGUGGUCUGUUUUCAGGGGAGUGAUGUCUGAAGAAACACAAACAGCUUUCUGACCUUUAGUUAAUUGAUGGCUCUGAGAUCGCCCGGCCUAGCAUAGUGAAGACUGUCCUGCUCCUUGAGUAUACAGCCUCUUCUGAGACCUGUUUCUUUUUACUGCUGUGUUCCAGUCCCUUUUCUUAGUUUCUCAAGACAAAGGUGAAGACAGGAAGCUGUUGUAAUUCACAUAGGCUUCAUGUGCCAGUGUACGAAGGUACAACUGGUUCUGCCGUCUCUCUCUGUCCCUGGUUGGUGAUCUUUUGUGCCUUGGUUGCCUGUCAAGGAGUAUGUGACCUGUGCAUCUUCCAGGAAUUGGAAGGAGCCUGUAUGGCUGGGGUUCCUAGAGAACACUUGAAGUGGUAAGGGACCCACCCUUAGCUGCCUUAGCUGGCAUCACUUCCCUCAUUGGCAACCUAAAUCUGCAGAUCUGCAGGUUAUGUGUUCUCCACAACUUGGGGAACUUUGUCACUGGUAAUCCUGUAAUGCCAGUAGUGCUUGCAAACAGCCUGAUUUCCUAAGUGUGUCUUGUUAAGAUUUUGUUGAAAUUAACUGUGAGUUUUGGAGAGUUUUCAAGCCUUCUGGAUUGUGAUAAGAAACUUUUUUUACUUAUUAGUUAAAGCUACCUGAGUUCUGAUUUAGGAAAUUGGAAAUUUUCAGGUUUUUUGGUGACUUAGUUACAAGAUAGAGGUUGUAUAGUUGGUAAAAUAGUAUAUUUCUGAAAAAUCAACAGUGGCAAUAAGCCAGUCAUUUGUGGAUACCAAUAUUUUGCUUUACUGCUCCAGUUUUACAGUCAGUUAUUCAGCAUUGAGUGUUGUAAAGGCCGAUUAAGCACAUACACACUUAUAUUUGCACACACAUGACCCAGGCUAGCAAACUAAAGCCUCAGCCUCUUCUGGCUAUUGGAGCGGUCUGGUGGACAACCCUAACUUGCUGAGGUGUCCUGUGUGGAGAGACUGCUCAGAGGUUUGCCUGCAAUGAGAUUUUACUCUCUACACCUAAAGAACAGUCUUUCUGAGCUGCUGUGAAUACAUUUGGAAUGAUACUGUCUUUUUUCAACUAAUGGAGAAUUAGCUGUGUCUUUACAAGGGUUGCUGUACUGGACAACUUCAGAACAUCCCUCAUAAUGUCAUCAAACAGGAGUCAGAAUCCCCAUGGACUGAAGCAGAUUGGUCUUGACCAGAUCUGGGAUGACCUCAGAGCUGGGAUUCAGCAAGUGUACACCAGACAAAGCAUGGCGAAGUCCAGAUACAUGGAGCUCUACACUCAUGUUUAUAACUACUGUACUAGUGUGCAUCAGUCCAACCAAGCCCGGGGAGCUGGAGUCCCUCCUUCCAAGUCAAAAAAGGGGCAGACUCCUGGGGGAGCUCAGUUUGUCGGCUUGGAGUUAUAUAAGCGACUGAAGGAGUUUUUGAAGAAUUACUUGACAAAUCUUCUCAAGGAUGGAGAAGACUUAAUGGAUGAGAGUGUACUGAAGUUCUACACUCAGCAGUGGGAAGAUUACCGAUUCUCCAGCAAAGUGCUGAAUGGAAUCUGUGCCUACCUCAAUAGACAUUGGGUUCGCCGCGAAUGUGAUGAAGGACGGAAAGGAAUAUAUGAAAUCUAUUCACUUGCGUUAGUGACGUGGAGAGAUUGUUUGUUCAGGCCAUUGAAUAAACAGGUAACAAAUGCUGUUUUAAAACUGAUUGAAAAAGAAAGAAAUGGCGAAACCAUCAAUACGAGACUGAUUAGUGGAGUUGUACAAUCUUAUGUGGAAUUGGGGCUGAAUGAAGACGAUGCAUUUGCAAAGGGCCCUACGUUAACAGUGUAUAAAGAAUCCUUUGAAUCCCAAUUUUUGGCUGACACAGAGAGAUUUUAUACCAGAGAAAGUACUGAAUUCUUGCAGCAGAACCCAGUUACUGAAUAUAUGAAAAAGGCUGAGGCUCGUUUGCUUGAGGAGCAGCGGAGAGUGCAGGUUUACCUCCAUGAGAGCACACAAGACGAACUAGCACGGAAAUGUGAGCAGGUCCUCAUCGAAAAACACUUGGAAAUUUUCCACACAGAGUUUCAGAAUUUGUUGGAUGCUGACAAGAAUGAAGAUUUGGGCCGCAUGUAUAAUCUUGUAUCUAGAAUUCAGGAUGGCCUAGGAGAAUUGAAAAAACUCCUAGAAACACAUAUUCAUAAUCAGGGUCUUGCAGCGAUUGAGAAGUGUGGAGAAGCUGCUUUAAAUGACCCCAAGAUGUAUGUGCAGACAGUUCUGGAUGUUCAUAAAAAGUACAACGCCCUAGUGAUGUCAGCAUUCAACAAUGACGCCGGCUUUGUGGCUGCACUUGAUAAGGCUUGCGGUCGCUUCAUAAACAACAAUGCAGUUACCAAAAUGGCCCAGUCAUCCAGUAAAUCCCCGGAGCUGCUCGCUCGGUACUGUGACUCCUUGUUGAAGAAAAGUUCCAAGAACCCGGAAGAAGCGGAACUGGAAGACACCCUCAAUCAAGUGAUGGUGGUCUUCAAGUACAUCGAGGACAAAGAUGUGUUUCAGAAGUUCUAUGCAAAGAUGCUUGCCAAGAGACUGGUGCAUCAGAACAGUGCUAGUGACGAUGCCGAAGCAAGCAUGAUCUCCAAGUUGAAGCAAGCUUGUGGUUUUGAGUACACCUCCAAACUUCAACGAAUGUUUCAAGACAUUGGUGUAAGCAAAGACCUGAAUGAACAGUUCAAAAAGCACCUAACGAAUUCAGAACCCCUGGACUUGGACUUCAGCAUCCAGGUCCUCAGUUCCGGGUCGUGGCCCUUCCAGCAGUCUUGCACGUUUGCCUUGCCGUCAGAGUUGGAGCGCAGUUAUCAGCGGUUCACAGCUUUCUACGCCAGCCGUCACAGUGGCAGAAAACUGACGUGGUUGUAUCAACUGUCCAAAGGGGAACUAGUCACUAAUUGCUUCAAAAACAGAUAUACUUUGCAGGCAUCCACAUUCCAGAUGGCGAUCCUGCUUCAGUACAACACAGAAGAUGCCUACACUGUACAGCAACUGACGGACAGCACGCAGAUUAAGAUGGAUAUUUUGGCACAAGUCCUACAGAUUUUACUGAAGUCGAAGUUGCUGGUCUUGGAAGAUGAAAAUGCAAAUGUUGAUGAGGUGGAAUUGAAGCCAGACACCCUAAUAAAGUUAUAUCUUGGUUAUAAAAAUAAGAAAUUAAGGGUUAAUAUCAACGUACCAAUGAAAACUGAACAGAAGCAGGAGCAAGAAACCACACACAAAAAUAUAGAGGAAGACCGCAAACUACUGAUUCAGGCCGCCAUCGUGAGAAUCAUGAAAAUGAGGAAGGUCCUGAAACACCAGCAGUUACUUGGCGAAGUCCUCACUCAGCUGUCUUCCAGGUUCAAACCUCGGGUCCCAGUGAUCAAGAAAUGCAUUGAUAUUCUCAUCGAGAAAGAAUAUUUGGAACGAGUUGAUGGUGAGAAGGACACCUACAGUUACUUGGCCUAACCCUUCCUUCUACAAGGGUCUGUGACCCACAGCAGAGUCCACGGAAUAGAAUGGAAGCAGCUCACGUUCAUAGCAGCCAGCCUGCCGCCAUUUGGACCUCCCUUUUUAAAGCUGAGACCACAGUUCCCACCAGCUGGUCUCAGGCUACAGCCGGACUGCUCAGGACUGACACAUUUCAGUCAGUAAACCAACGCCAAUGCCAUUUACCCUAACUUAUGGACAGAGGGGAACCGAACCUUCCAUGCUGAGGCUGCAUGCUACUGCACUUAAAUCAAUACAUUGGCCCCUGGUUAACAGCUGUCCUCUGAGGCAGCACUUGAGAGCGAGUCUGAAUGGACCCAUGUGUAAUCUGCUAUGAAAACCAUUUGUAUAGUGUGUUUCAUUUUUUUAAUGUGUGAAAAUAAAGAAAAUUAAAGGAUUUCUGUACAA